AUGCCCGAAUCUGGUGUUGCCAACGAUGCGCGCGGCAGCAAAAAGCUCCGAGUGCUCUCGGGGAUCAUGUUAGUCUAUGACAUCACCAAUGAAAAAUCUUUUGAAAAUAUUCGGAACUGGGUCAGGAAUAUUGAAGAGCACGCCUCUCCAGAUGUGGAAAAAAUGAUCCUCGGGAACAAAUGUGAUGCAAAUGACAAGCGACAAGUUUCUAGAGAGCAGGGGGAGAAGCUUGCCGCAAGUUUUGGAAUUAAAUUUAUGAAGACCUGUGCAAAAGCUAAUAUAAACAUAGAGAAUGCAUUUUUCACUCUUGCAAGAGAUAUCAAAGCAAAAAUGGACAAGAAGUUGGAAGGCAAUAGCCCGCAAGGCAGCAACCAGGGAGUCAAAAUCACACCAGACCAGCAAAAGAAAAGCAGCUUUUUCCGAUGUGUUCUUCUGUGAGGGACACGGCCUUAAGCUGAGCACCUGCUCAACGGGACUGGACUGUGCCUGUUCUGAGGGAGAGUUCCUCUGGCUGUGGACUUAGCAUUUUCAGCAUACCUUGUCACUUUGUGACCAUCUGAAUAAGAAAUUGUUUAUUUUAGUAACUGUCUGACUCUUCAAUUUUGGAGAUGAAACAAGUUUAUUUUUGUCAGAUUGCCACUGGGCGUGCGCAUUGUCUAGCAGAGGGAGGACAGAUCAGAUGUGACCUGUCAUACAGCACCUUCGCUGACAGGCUUCAAUCUUUUUGGUCUUGGCUGUGAUGUAUCCAAAUUAGAAAGAUUAAGUUCUGAUCAAAAUAAGAAACUGAAAUGCCAACACUGAUAAAGU